AUGCAAUCAAGGGGAAGUUUAGACUCAGUUUAUCAAACUGAAAAUGUAAACAAAUUUAAAGUCGUGGUUUUGGGCGACCAAGGGGUAGGAAAAUCUGCCUUAGUAUGGAAAUUCGCUUACAGUGGAUUCGAGGAGAAAUAUGCGCCAACGAUCGGCAUAGACUUCUUCACCAAGACUCUCUACCUACGUAAGUGUCGUAAGUGGUUACUAGAAGCUUAUAUUUCGCUACGACUCCGUUUAGAUUAAACAUAUAAAAGGGGAAAGCUUAAAAAUAAUUGCAGGGUUUAGCUGAUUUAAGAGUCGGUUUAAAUUUGUUAUGAUACAUUUGUUAUAUGUGAUUGCAGGAACAUGCUAACAUAAAAUUAUUAAACCUAACGACCCCCGACCGGUACAAGCGUACAUGCCACAACCUAUAUACGUAGACUUUUUAAAAGUCUGUUUUGAUUGGUUCAUAAUUUAACGAAACUUUCGCCUGCUCCGCGCUCAUUCUCGCGACUCCAUCGCUCAAAAAAUCGACUUGUUAGCAAGUCUCCAAACUGUGAAGAUAAAGUAUCGAGCGGCAGUGUUGUGUGUGAAUGGAAAUAAAUCAAAGAAAGUCGAUCAUGUUUCCCGGCCGUAUAGUAACAUUCAAAAUACACCACUAAAGUCCAAAUGCUGUUUUAGUUCUCAUAAACGUGAAAGGUUUACCCUCAGAUAGUCUUCUGACAAACUAAUCAAUAACCAAAUGAAUAUAACAAAGGACAUGAAUUUCAGCGUCGGGACCACUACUUUCGCGUGGCGGUCAUUUGCGGCUUUCAUGCACUGAGCAUUCUUCAUUAAGUAUUGUUUCGGGGGUGUCGCUUAUUGCAAAAAUUUAUGGCAAACGCGAAAAAAAUUUUUUUUGAAAAAAUAAUAUAAUAUAAUGAAAUGAAGAAUAGGUAUCGUUCAGACAUGCAAAUUAAAUUUUUGACCACGUGCUAAUAAUUCGUAAGAGAUCAAAGCAUUUCAAUAAAAGGUUUUGAAUUUUUAUUGUCUAAAUAGUAAAUGUACUUGACUUAGACAAUUUUUCGCAUGUACUGGGUUAUUUCAAGAAGGAUUAAUAAGUCGAGAAUGAGUCAAAUUUGACGGAGAUAUGAAGAAGUAAGAUACACGGUUUUAAGAACUAACCGUUCCUAUAAGGCUUUAUGAGAUCAGAUGACGGCGUUCCCUUAGUGCACUUUCCAUUUGUCGGAACUGGCCGGCCGGACCAUUGCCCGACCAGUCGGUUUGAUAAUGGAAUACGCUUUUUCCAAGGGUUUUUGCUGAACAACCAUUUCCUUGGUACAUACUACUUAGGAUUUGACUGAUCCGGCUGGAGCGAUUUGAUUAAAAUGGAAAUUCUCAUUGCGUUGGGAAUGGUUUGGCCGGUCAGUUCUGACAAAUGGAAAGCGCCCUUAGAUACCUCUAUGAAAGAUAUUUCUUCUACAAGAGCCUGGUGUUUUAAGCAGGACUAGAGCCGAGGGGAAGGCAGUUUUUGUUUAAUUUUGUGAAAAAGAAACACCAGUAGCAAAGUAGGAGAGAGAAAGUAAAAGGUUAGAGCCUUCUGCUGAUCGAGGUACCACUUGCGGUACUAAAGACCUAUCUUAGGUUACUGAAACUGUAGCCUGCGUAGCAUGGCGGUGUUGUAGGGAGCACGACUGAGCAGCGAAGCCGCAAAAGCGCGCGCGAACGGCAAAGCCGCAAAAACAUAAAAGUUGCUCCCGCUCCAAUCUCCGCGCGGUUUCUCUGCCCUCGCCCUCCGCCCACCUUUAUUAUAAGCGCACCCUACCAAAACUGCCAUGCUACGCAGGCUAUAAAAGCCACUGUACGGUUAGUCACAUUCUCUCACCCACUCACCUAUCCGGGCAAAUUAAAGUCAGCCACACGCAUUUUUUUUUUCUUCUCCUCUUAAUGCGUACGUCGGAUCUCUCCCGGCCAUGGAGAAUGGAGGAUGGGAUUCACGGAUUACACUAGCAAUGUGUAUCAAUAGAACAUCAUCUCUGUUGAUGCUUUGGGUGUCUAAGAUUUUAGGUUUGCCCUGAGAUGAAAAUUCUUCCUUCGAAAUGAAAUCAAGUUUCUUGAUACCCAGCCACCAACUAACCCUUUUUAGACCUGAUACGCGUACUUAAUCAAUUCAGAAACAAAUAAAAAGUAAAUACCCCUGAAGAAUACUCGACUUUCGAUAAAGAAAGAAGUGAAAAACCUUUAGCGAGUAAAUCCUGUUUCGUGUAGAAUUAUCAUGAGUGGUUUUGAAGAUAUAGAGAGAAGGGGCCUGAAGUCCCCCUGGUCUCAGGAAGCGAAAAAUGCCCGGUCUGAAUCGGCCUGGUUAAGCUUCUUGGUUAGCAAAUAUAAUUCACCUCUUUAUUUUUUUGUUCUUUCAAUUCUAUAGUUUCCCAUCACUCUUCCUGCCGUAAGGAUCAGUUUACUCUUUUAAUUUUAAUUCUUGGUUGCAUUAACCCUUAGGGACGGCGGAGCCGGGGGAGCUAAAAUCCCCCACUCCCCCUUACUUUUCUAAAGGAAUUUUUUUGUUGUUUUAGUAUAAGGUACGUAUGAAGAGUAAAGAAGAAGAAAAGAAAAGGGAAAAGGUCCGGUUUAUUUUAGUACCACCGAUGAAGUUGGAUUACCUGUAGUGUGAGCCGGAGUCUGGCAAGAGAAUCGCUGAGGGAAUGCGUGUGUUGUUUUUGGUGAUCUCAGAUCGUACCCACACACGAACAGCUUUUAUAAAAACGCAGGCCAGUUUACUAACGAUAGGGAUAUAUAGAAGGCUGGAAAUACCAAUCCCGAGCCUCUAGAUUUCAAAAUGCUCGGGGGGUUGCCCCCAAAUCCCCUACAAACUGGCGCCCCCCGGCGCUCAUUUUCAAAGUCCCCUGUUGAACUGAAAUACGCUCCACCGUCCCUGAUCCUUUACCAGUCCAUGUAGAAGGACUUUUUUUUUCUGCUAAAUUUCAGAUGGAAUCGGCGUUCGCCUUCAAAUAUGGGACACAGCGGGUCAAGAACGUUUUCGCUGCCUUAUUCCUUCGUACCUCCGUGACUGUCACGUAAUCUUGGUCUGUUUCGACGUGACCAAUUGUUCGAGUCUGGACAAUGUACCAGACUGGAUUGAAUUAGCUCAAAGAGAAAGGUAUUGGCGAAUGAAAAAACCUUUGAUUGUUCUUGUGGGGAACAAAGUGGAUGAAACCAGUAGAAGACAGGUAAGCGACCCGGCUAGGAGAGGCCGGGGAGUACUCCCAUAGUCUUGAUCCUUUAGCCUAUUUUAUAACAUAACAUAACAAAACAAAACAAAACAAAACAUAACAUAACAUGGCAUAACAAAACAUAACAUAACAUGACAUGACAUGACAUCACAUAACAUAACAUAUCAUAACAUAACAUAACAUAACAUAACAUAACAUAACAUAACAUAACAUAACAUAACAUAACACAACAACUUUAUUUAUUUGAAGACCUUUGAAGUGUCGAUGUCUUUAGCUUAUAAAAGCUACUUGAGAACACUAACGAAAAACUGAGACAAACGAAAACUGAUAUCCUUUUUAAGGCCCAAAACUAGAAAAUGAGACCCAAGAUGCAAAAAAAAAUUAAGAAUUUGAGGGAAACACUUAAAAUUUCCUUAAAUCACUGUCCUAAUACUCUAACGCAAAAUGUUCACCAGUCUUAGCAGAUGAUUUGUUUCUUGUGUAGCGCAGAACUUAAAUUUUAGCUGAUAAAAUCUAAGGAUCACAUAUGGAGCACAGCGUCAAAAAAGGCAAAAAUGAUACCCUAUUUAAGGAUGGAGACCUCCCAAAACAGUACCCUAUUUGGUGACAAAUACCUAUGUAUCUAGCCCAUAUAUGGAAGCCUUGAAUAGUAAGUGAACAGUGGGGGUGUACACUCUACUUGUGUUGCGAUGACAUAUUUUUUUAAAUCCAGUUCAGGAGUCCAGUUCUAUCAUAUCAUAAUUCAGUAUGCAAAAUCAAAUUAAUAAGGGUCAUUAAAAUGGUCUCUUGCUUUUCUUUGCUUUGCUUUUUGUUCUAAAGAGCGUACAUGGUAAGGGUUUGAGGGUUUGAAGGCCUCAGCGCUAGGGUGCCCCUUCCCAGACUUCCAGACUUCCCAGACUUCCAGACUCUGAGAGACCGCCCCACUCAAACUGCUCUGUACAGACUGCUGCAAUCCCAAUACAUCGAUCAGGUUUCCUUGACUCCUUUUCCAGUUCGAUCUCCUUUUUUAAAUCCUUAACUAAAUCUGAUUCUUAGCACCCCCAAAGGCCUAAAGAAGGAAGAAAUUUUUCAAACCCUACUGCCUGCUUGUUUGUUUAUAUUUAUACUCCAUCUCAGGGGCGUAGCUAGGGGGGAGGGUCCUGGGGUGCCCGUGACCCCCCCUUGGUAGGCCUUCUUUUGAGCAAACAACCUACAAUAUUCAGGUGGCGAAAACGCCAUGAUAAUAUCUUGGCCGUAAAGCCAUUGUUGAAAAGCCCACUUUUUUAAAAUUUGUUUUUUUGUAAGGUAUUUUCGUCAACGGCUCUUGUCUUUAGCGUGGAGGUCGACAUGACAAUCUGGUGAGUAACCUCUGAGACCCCCCCUUUAAAAAAUCCUGGCUACGCCCGUACUCCAAUUCAAAUAUCAAACUAAUUCUCUUUUGCACUGGUUUUUGUUUUAGAUAUCCUAUGAAUGCGCCCACACAGUGGCUGAUCUCUUUCAAAUUCCGUACGUUGAGACUAGCGCUUUAUCAGGAUUUAACGUGGACUUAUUGUUUAGGAAAGUAGCAAAAGACGUAUUUGUAGAAUACCUGGAUGGACUUAGAAGUAACGGCGAUUCCGGGGUUACCAAAGAAGACAAAAUAAAUAACGGAAUUUUGACACUCAAAAAGGAGCAAAGACGGACACCUAACAAGCGAUACAUUUGCAAAUGCGGAUGA